UCAUGUUUGCUUGGUCGAUCCUAUUCUACGAUGGAUGAAGGUCAAUCGGUUGCUGCUGCUGGUGUGGUAGAGCGAGAUGAUCUUGAUACCGGUCCCGACAUGGAAAAUACCGUCAAAGUCGGCAGCCUGUCAGAGAGGCCUGAGCAGCCCUUAUGUUGCGGCCUAUCUCAAGAGGAGACCUUAGCCUCUUCACUGAAGGGGCAUAUGAAGAGAUCCGUCACUAGGAGUUUCGACACUACGACGACUUACUCGUUUCUCGACAGCGAGUCUUCUGAUGCAAAUCUGUUCCACGAGUUGUCACUGGGCGAAUAUGUCGAGGAAACUGGAGAAGAAAUUACGCAAGGGUUUUACCUCUGGGGUUCCUCUCAUCAGAUCCCACUUGAGGAAGGGAAAAUGUGGAAAAAUGGCGAAGAUUCUUGCUUUGUCAGCCCCGUUGGGGCGGGGGUAGCCGACGGUGUCGGUGAAUGGGGCGAAGUCCUGAAGAUCAAUCCUAAGAAGUUCGCCGAUGAACUAAUGGGAAAUGCGGAAACACUGCUUGGAGGAGAUCGACAGGAGAGCGCCGACUUAUCUCCCAGUUCCCGGGCCUCUCGUAUACUGGCAGAAGCUCAUCAACGGACUAAGUCGUUUGGUAGCUCUACUGCCUUAGUCGCUGUGGUAGAGGGAAGCAAGCUGGGUAUUGCCAACGUGGGAGAUAGCGCUGCUAUGGUCUUCAGACGUGAGAGUAGUGAUGUCGACCGCGAAGCAGUCUUGUGGACCAGCGAGAAGCAGCAUACUUUUAAUAUGCCUUAUCAGCUCAGCCGAGUUCCGGAGCUCCACGAGUGUGAUACGCUCGCGAACAAGUUUCCAGAGUUGGUUGAUGCUGUGAGGAGGAAGGCCGACGGUGAGUCGCUCACUUUAAAACGAGACGGGGUGGCUCGGGAAGAAUGCGAGCUCCGUGAGGGCGAUCUCGUUGUUUUGUGCACUGACGGUGUGACGGACAAUCUGUGGCCUAGUAGAAUCAGCAGUAUUCUGUCACAAGCUGUGUCCCCUGUGGAGGCCCGUAAUUUCGGCUGUUCACCAACACCGCCGGAAAAAAUAGCGUCGAUUUUGACUAAUGCAGCUCUUGAAAAAAGCAAAAUGACGAGGAGGUAUAAGAGCCCGUUUGCCGCAGCCUUCCGUGCACACUAUGGCACAUUCUACGCUGGUGGCAAGCCUGAUGAUAUCACUGUUGUGGCGGCGUGGGUGAUGAGCUCCUCUUGCCUAUUCGACCGGCAAGGCACCUUUAGCAGUCUCACGACGUCCAAGUCGAGCGAGAGCCUCUGAGUCAUGCGAUAGCAUCACACUCACUCAACAUCAUCAUCAUCAUCAUCAUCAUCAUCAUCAUCGUGUUACAUUUCUAUGUUCGUUGCAUUGUCUCAUAGACUCAGUGUACCAUUGUCCCAUUGCUACUAUUACUACGCUAUAGCCGUAUUAUAGUUGCAGGAAUUUACCUUACCCAUGCGGCGGGCUUGCGACUUCAGUAGUAGUAGGACGACGAUCCCGUAUAUUGGGUAGCACAGCCGAUGUAUACUUCCUAGACAUAUCGUGCUGGCGUUCUUCAUUUUGCUAUCGUUGAGCUAUAUAGACAUCACCUACUACUUAAUGAGUACUCCUAUUGCCUCCACUCCGACUGUUUGUCUGUACUAGCAUCGUCUCUGAGGUCUCCAGCCAAGAUUGCCUCUAAUGUUGCUGCUCCUCUUACUGAUACUGUCUUCGACUAUCCCAGAGCUCCUCAUGGUUUCAUUGCCACGAUAUGGCGUGGCCUGCUGUUAUUUAUAAUAUUGUAGCCUUUUCUCAUUCUGUUCCCUCACUUCUUAAAAUUUUUUCAAAGACUCAGUUCGUGAUUCCCAAUACUCAGCAGAGUCGGCGCACUGUGAUGGUAUCCAAUACGAUAUUCGAUAUCAAUUUUGUCCCAGCUGUCAAAAGCUAUUCUUGACAGCUCAGUGUUUGCCAGGCCCUGACUGCCGUCACAUUAUAACGUGUCUCACACGUUCUACGGGCAUCUCUUCGGCGCCAGCGCGUUAAUCCCGGCGACUCGGUUUUCCUCAUAAUAGGCAAGUCUAACGGCAAUGUCGAAAGCAAGAGAUGCAUCCUCGUAUCAGCAGCCAGCACACGGGACCAGUCGUAUUUCGUCGUAGUG